GCUUUUCCUCCGUUGAAGCUUCGUGUUUACUGAUUGCCUUGCAUUCAUCCUGCAGUCGCGACAGCCGCCGCCGCCUCCUCCACUCCUGCUCCUCCUGCUCCUCCUGCUCCUCCUGCUCCUGCUCGAUUCUCUCCUCCGCGUCUCGGUCCCGGCCCCCGUCUCCAAGCUCCCCAAUUAGACGGCCCAGGUCUCGCUCGGCUGUCGACCCGAAAAUAGGAUUUGAUGCCUUUGCCAACCCUCGGUUUCCUCAAAAAGAAACGGACGAAAGAGGGCACGACUAGCCACCCAACCAGCCCAGUCACCCCUAACUCGGCCUCGAGCUUCGACCACAACUCCAUCCAGAGCAGCAUCGCCCAGGCCUCGUCGCACUCGAGUGCGUCGCAGGCCACUUCCCAGUCAGCCACGACCGGCACCACCACCAUCGAUACCGCCCAUACGCCCAUUACCUUGCCGCACGAGACUCCCGUCAACAUGAAUUCCCUCCCGGUUCAACAGCAUUCCUAUCCCCCUCAGCACACGCCCUCUCCUGGAGCAGCGGAGCAGCAGAACCUCCCGUCCAUCUCCAACCUCAUACACCAACCGCAAUACGACCAGCCCGGCUCCUAUCAACAGUCGUCUAGAUACGUUCCAUCUGUAUCCCCAGCUAACGGCGGCCUGCCUGCGCCGCACACGCCCCAGCCCUCCAUGCCUCAAACACAGCAAGCAUCACUGCAGCCGCCGCAGCAGCAGCAACAACCCCAACAGCAGCAGCAGCAGCAGCAGCAGCAGCAACAGCAACUACAGCCUCAGCCCAGUCAGCCCAGGGCCACCAAGGGCAAGUAUUCGCUCGCCGACUUCGAGAUAUUGAGAACCCUCGGCACCGGUAGCUUCGGCAGAGUCCACCUGGUCCAGUCUCGGCAUAACUCGCGCUUCUAUGCCGUUAAGGUGCUGAAGAAGGCCCAAGUGGUCAAGAUGAAGCAGGUCGAACACACUAAUGACGAAAGAAGAAUGCUAGCGGAGGUCAAACACCCCUUCCUGAUCACGCUAUGGGGAACGUUUCAGGACGCCAAGAAUCUCUACAUGGUGAUGGAUUUCGUGGAGGGUGGCGAGCUCUUCUCGCUGCUGAGGAAGUCCGGACGCUUCCCUAAUCCCGUUGCCAAGUUCUACGCUGCAGAAGUCACCUUGGCUCUGGAGUACCUGCACUCGCGGGAUAUCAUUUACAGAGAUCUGAAGCCUGAGAACCUUCUUCUUGACCGCCACGGCCACCUGAAAAUAACGGAUUUCGGGUUCGCCAAGCGGGUUCCAGAUAAGACGUGGACACUAUGUGGUACUCCAGACUACUUGGCACCAGAGGUUGUCUCCAACAAGGGUUACAACAAGUCUGUAGAUUGGUGGUCCCUGGGUAUUUUGAUUUACGAAAUGCUUUGCGGUUACACACCCUUCUGGGACGGCAGCUCUCCCAUGAAGAUCUACGAAAACAUUCUCAAGGGCAAGGUCAGAUACCCUCAGUGGGUCAACCCCGACGCCCAGGACUUGUUGGAGCGGUUGAUCACGGCAGACCUGACCAAGCGCCUUGGAAACCUGUACGGCGGGCCGCAAGACGUCAAGAGACACCCUUGGUUUGCCGAGGUGACUUGGGACCGACUUGCGAGGAAAGACAUCGACGCGCCCUAUACUCCGCCGGUCAAGGCCGGAGCAGGAGACGCAAGCCAGUUCGACAGGUACCCUGAGGAGACUGAGCGGUAUGGACAAGGAGGGACAGAUGAGUUCGGCCACUUGUUCCCGGACUUCUAAGCAGCUUCGAAGAUACGAACCGCUGUGGAUUCGAAUGGUGUAUAAUCAGUCCUCAAUCAGCUGUAAUGCGACCGUGCGGAUCAAAUACGCAGAGGCCAGAGAAUCGGCAUGACUAACGGGAACAUGUUUUUUCCUCGACCGAACCAGCGGGCUUCGAACCCCGGCUGUUUUUUGUAUAAAUCUGAAAUUCGAACCCAGAAGUAUAGCAGCAGUGGAUACGUGUAGCAUGCGUUAUGAGACGAAGAAGGAAAUGGACUCCUUGCCUUGGGUAUGCAUAGUCAACUCAGGAUGAGUCAGUGGGGAAAUAGGGGUGGGGUUGCAAAAGGGGUGG